AUGCGAAUAGACAGAGAUCCCAGAGAUCCCAUAGCAAUACUCUCUAGCACAAGUAUGACGGGCUAUGGCAGUGGCCUUGGAGUUGUCAACGCGAGCCUGACGAAAAAACCACAACUUGGCAUUAAAACAGGCGGAGUCUAUUUCUUGGACAUUAGAUGGUUGGCCAAGCAAAAAGCCACAGCGUCCCUUGGCUGCAGCUCUCCUUCAUAUCAAGUUAUCAACUGCUUUAAGGCUGGUAGUACAGUGUUACACAUACCUCUGCUCCCUGAAAAUCUGCCUCGCAUAUUCUUUACGGUAAAAUACUACGAUUGUACGGACGUUUCUUCUGUGUAUCUAGAAUGUCACGCCUGGGUGAAUACCACAGCGGGCAAGACCUUGAAUCUCCGAAACCACCAGAGUCAUAAAGAUGCCGAGAACAGUGGACAUAAUUGA